CUUCCUCUCUCUCUCUCUCUCUCUCUCUCUGUCUCUGUGUUCAAAUCUUGGAUCUUUCCUUUCUCCUGUCUCUGCCGACUCAGGUUAUGGCAGCAGCCAUGGCGUCGAAGCUUAUGCAUGCGGUUCAGUACGACAGCUACGGUGGAGGAGCUUCUGGUUUAAAGCAUGCGGAGGUUCCAGUCCCCACUCCAAAGAAAGGUGAUAUCUUGCUGAAAUUGGAAGCUGCUAGUUUAAACCCAGUUGAUUGGAAAAUUCAGAAAGGCAUGUUUCGGCCUCUUUUGCCACGCAAAUUCCCUCAUAUACCUGUUACUGAUGUUGCUGGAGAGGUUGUAGAAGUUGGACAAGGGGUCCAAAAGUUCAAACCGGGCGACAAAGUUGUGGCAUUUCUCACCCACACUAAUGGAGGUGGACUGGCUGAAUUUGCUGCAGCUAGUGAGAGCUUGACAGUUGCCAGGCCACCUGAAGUUUCAGCGGCUGAAGGUGCAGGCUUACCUGUUGCUGGUCUCACAGCUCACCAGGCUCUCACCCAAGCUGCAGGGGUCAAGCUUGACGGAUCUGGCCAGCAAAAGAACAUAUUGAUUACUGCUGCCUCUGGUGGUGUGGGUCAGUAUGCAGUCCAACUAGCAAAGCUCGGAAACACUCAUGUUACAGCCACGUGCAGUGCUCGUAACAUCGAAUUUGUCAAGAGCUUAGGGGCAGAUGAGGUUCUCGACUACAAGACCCCAGAGGGAGCAGCUCUGAAUAGUCCAUCUGGUAGGAAAUAUGAUGCUGUGGUUCAUUGUGCAACGGGCAUUCCCUGGUCAACUUUCGAGCCUAAUUUGAGCGCCAACGGGAAGGUUAUAGACCUUACUCCUAGUCCAAGUGCCUUUGCUACUUUUGUUCUGAAGAAACUCACCUUCUCCAAGAAGCAGCUGGUGCCACUGUUCAUGAGUGCCAAGAGUGAGAACCUUGAUUAUCUUGUCAAGUUAGUGAAGGAAGAAAAGCUCAAGACUGUGAUCGACUCGAAGCAUCCUCUGAGCAAGGCUGAAGAUGGUUGGGCUAAGAGUAUUGAUGGACAUGCAACUGGGAAGAUAAUUGUGGAGCCUUAAGUAGACAAACUAAAACCAUAGUGGGAUAUAAACCUCACGUACUUGAUGGAAGUUGUUUGAUACAGAUAGUUAUGUCAUGUGUAAUAUAAAAUUAUAUAAUAAUGUGGGGUUUUAUAAUCCUGAAUCAAUAUUGUAAAUAUUGAGGUUUGGAUUAUAUAUUGUUCAUUUUCAUGUUGAUUA